ACCAUUGAGAUGGCUCCCCUUGUAAUCCUAGACAAAUACAAUACUGCGAGAACGAGAAAGCGAGAAAGCUUCUCUCUCUAGCAAUUAUUGACUUGACUAUUUGUCUUUUCUCCGCUCCACUAGAGUAGAAACAUUAGAAGGUCCCCUCCUCUUCUUAUUUGCUUCAUUGAUCCCAUCCUCAUAUUCAAACCCUCACUUUGAUUUUCAUUUCCCUAUUCAAAUCAGUCAUCUGUUUUGCUGAUCUAGAAAAAAAAAGUCUCUAUAUCUUUUGUAUUACUGGAUAUAGACUUUAGAGGAAUUCUCAGGGUAGCCUUUUCUUUACUAUUUUUUUUAGAGAGAAAAAAGAAAGAACUAUCUUGGGAUUCAAAAUCUGACUUUGACAGUUUGACCAACUUUCAGAAUCCCUUCGCAGAAAUUCUUUUUAUGAUACCCCCAUCGAAUACAGCUUAAUUUUCCUCCCGCACAAUCUUCCACCAUGCGUCCCGAAGUCGAGCAAGAGCUCGCCCAUACGCUUCUUGUUGAGCUUUUGGCAUAUCAAUUUGCAUCUCCCGUAAGAUGGAUUGAAACACAAGAUGUCAUUUUAGAUGAGAAGACCACCGAAAGAAUCGUCGAAAUUGGUCCUGCAGACACCCUUGGUACCAUGGCUAAGCGGACACUCGCCUCUAAAUAUGAAGCCUACGAUGCAGCAAAAUCUAUUCAACGUCAAAUUUUAUGUUACAACAAGGAUGCUAAGGAGAUUUACUAUGAUGUCGACCCAGCGGAGGAUGAGCCAGCGGCUGCCCCAAGUGAUUCUACACCAGCACCAGCAGCAUCUUCUGGUUCGGCACCCGCACCAGUCGCGGCAGCCCCUCCACCAAGUGCAGGUCCGGCCGCACAAGUUCCAGAUGCCCCAGUUGGAGCCAUAGAUAUUGUGCGAUCUUUGAUUGCCCAAAAACUCAAGAAACCACUUUUGGAAAUUCCUUUGACUAAGGCUAUUAAGGAUCUUGUCGGAGGUAAGAGUCGUCAUUUCAGUUGCUCGAGUCGCAAAAGCUAACCAUGGGAUUUCUACAGGAAAAUCUACACUUCAAAAUGAAAUAUUGGGAGAUUUGGGCAAAGAAUUUGGAUCAACGCCUGAGAAGCCAGAAGAUACCCCUCUAGACGAGUUAGGAGCUUCGAUGCAGCAAACUUUCAAUGGCCAAUUAGGAAAGCAAUCAUCAUCCCUUGUUGCGAGAUUAAUAUCCUCGAAAAUGCCUGGUGGAUUCAACAUCACCGCAGCACGAAAGUACUUGGAAACACGAUGGGGUUUGGCAUCAGGAAGGCAAGAUGGUGUCUUGCUUUUGGCUCUGACAAUGGAGCCAGCAGCACGUUUAGGAUCUGAAAACGAUGCUAAGGCAUUCCUCGACGAUGUCACACAAAAGUAUGCAGCAAAUGCAGGCAUUAGCCUCUCUACCGUAUCUGCCAGUACCGAUGCAGGUGGUUCGGGUGGUGGAAUGAUGAUGGAUCCCGCUGCUCUUGAUGCUUUGACCAAGGAUCAGAGAGCACUUUUCAAGCAGCAGCUUGAGCUUUUCGCUAGAUACCUUAAGAUGGAUCUUCGAGCCGGUGAUAAGGCGUUCAUUGGUGCGCAACAAUCGGAAAAGGCGCUUCAAGCGCAACUCGACCUGUGGAACGUCGAACAUGGAGAGUUUUACGCUGCAGGUAUUGAGCCCGUUUUCACCCCAUUAAAGGCUAGAGUUUACGAUUCUUCCUGGAAUUGGGCUAGACAAGAUGCCUUGACAAUGUACUACGAUAUUAUUUUCGGUCGACUACAAGCAGUUGAUCGAGAAAUCGUUAGCCAGUGCAUUCGUAUCAUGAACAGGUCCAACCCUACUCUUCUUGAAUUUAUGCAAUACCAUAUCGAUAACUGCCCAACGGAGCGUGGUGAGACUUACAAGCUCGCAAAAGAACUCGGCCAGUCGCUCUUCGAUAAUUGCAAAGAUGUACUCAACGAGUCACCUGUUUACAAGGACGUUGCAUUACCAACCGGGCCACACACAACAAUCGAUGCUCGCGGCAACCUAGAAUAUGCCGAGAUCCCAAGAUCUAGUGUCCGAAAGCUUGAGCACUAUGUGCGAGAGAUGGCUGAUGGCGGAAAGAUCUCAGAAUAUGGAAACCGAACCAAAGUCCAGAACGAUCUCAGCCGUAUUUACAAGCUUAUCAAGCAGCAACACAAGCUCUCCAAAGCAUCACAACUCCAGAUCAAGAAUCUUUACGGUGAUGUUAUUCGCUCUUUAGCGAUGAGCGAAGGGCAGAUAAUCCCUAAAGAGAACAGCAAUGGCAAGGCCUCAUCCGGUAAAAAGAAUGGAGUCAAGAUGAACGACGGAAAGAUCAAUGGCAAUGCCAAGGCUGGAAAGGUUGAGACCAUCCCAUUCCUUCAUUUAAAGAGAAAAGACGAGCAUGGUUGGGAAUACAGCAAGAAGCUUACAGGGCUCUAUCUUGAUGGCUUAGAGCAAGCUGCCAAAUCUGGUGUCACUUUCCAAGGCAAGAAUGCUUUGAUGACUGGUGCCGGAGCUGGCUCAAUCGGGGCUGAUGUAUUGCAAGGCUUGAUCAGUGGUGGCGCUAAGGUUGUUGUAACCACCAGUCGAUUCUCCAGACAGGUCACCGAGUAUUAUCAAUCCAUGUAUGCUCGCCAUGGAUCCCGAGGAUCUCAACUUAUUGUCGUUCCCUUCAACCAAGGUAGCAAACAAGACGUUGAAGCCUUGAUUGACUAUAUUUACGAUCCAAAGAAGGGUCUUGGAUGGGAUCUCGACUAUGUCAUCCCAUUUGCUGCCAUUCCGGAGAACGGUCGUGAAAUCGAUAGCAUCGACUCCAAAUCAGAGCUUGCUCAUCGCAUCAUGUUGACUAAUCUACUCCGUCUUUUGGGUUGUGUCAAGACUCAGAAAUUUGAGCGCGGAUUCGAAACUAGACCUGCUCAAGUUGUCUUGCCGCUGUCUCCAAAUCACGGUACCUUUGGAAACGACGGUCUUUACUCCGAAUCCAAGCUGGCAUUGGAAACUUUGUUCAAUAGAUGGCACUCGGAAAGCUGGGGUAGCUUCCUCACUAUUUGCGGAGCUGUCAUUGGUUGGACUCGUGGUACUGGUCUCAUGUCUGGCAACAACAUUGUCGCAGAAGGUGUCGAAGCUUAUGGUGUACGCACGUUCUCUCAGCAAGAAAUGGCUUUCAACUUAUUGGGCUUGAUGGCUCCUAACAUUGUUGACCUCUGCCAAUCUGAGCCAGUUUUCGCCGAUCUGAACGGUGGCUUGCAAUUCAUUCCUAACCUCAAGGACUUGAUGACCAAACUCCGAAAAGACAUCAUGGAGACUAGCGAAGUCCGACAAGCUGUCACCAAGGAGACCGCCAUUGAGAAUAAGAUUGUCAAUGGUGAGGACAGUGAGAUGCUCUACAAGAAGGUCACAAUUGAACCACGGGCAAACAUCAAGUACGAUUUUCCACCAUUACCAGACUGGAAGAAGGAAGUUGCUCCACUUAAUGAAAACCUCAAGGGAAUGGUUGAUCUCGAAAAGGUUGUCGUAGUUACUGGUUUUGCUGAGGUUGGACCAUGGGGUAACUCUCGGACCAGAUGGGAAAUGGAGGCAUACGGCGAAUUCUCUUUGGAAGGUUGUGUUGAGAUGGCCUGGAUCAUGGGUCUCAUCAAGAAUCACAAUGGUAACCUCAAAGGCAAAUCAUACGCAGGAUGGGUUGAUGCUAAGACUGGGGAUCCGGUUGAUGAUAAAGAUAUAAAGAGCAAAUACGAGAAGUACAUUCUCGAACACUCCGGUAUCCGUUUGAUUGAGCCCGAGCUUUUCAAGGGCUAUAACCCGGAGAAGAAGCAAUUGCUUCAAGAGGUUGUCAUUGAAGAGGACUUGGAGCCAUUUGAGACCUCAAAGGAGACAGCAGAAGAGUUCAAACGUGAGCACGGUGACAAAGCUGAGAUCUUUGAGAUCCCAGAAUCCGGAGAGUAUCUCGUCCGCAUGCGCAAGGGUGCCACCCUACUCAUUCCAAAGGCUCUUCGCUUCGACCGACUUGUCGCAGGUCAAAUCCCGACUGGAUGGGAUGCUAAAAAAUAUGGUAUUCCGGAUGAUAUCAUCUCACAAGUCGACCCUGUGACCUUGUUCGUCCUUGUUUGUACUGUCGAGUCUUUAUUGGCAUCCGGUAUUACUGAUCCAUAUGAGUUCUAUCAGUAUGUGCACAUCUCUGAAGUAGGUAAUUGUAUUGGAUCUGGUAUUGGUGGUACCACGGCUCUAAGAGGAAUGUAUAAAGAUCGCUUCUUGGACAAACCGCUCCAAAAGGAUAUCCUCCAAGAGUCUUUCAUUAACACCAUGAGUGCUUGGGUCAACAUGUUGUUGAUCUCCUCGACCGGUCCAAUCAAGACUCCUGUCGGAGCCUGCGCUACAUCAGUCGAAUCCGUCGAUAUUGGUUACGAGACUAUUCUUGAAGGAAAAGCUCGCGUCUGUUUUGUCGGUGGCUUCGAUGAUUUCCAAGAGGAAGGUUCAUACGAGUUUGCCAACAUGAAGGCCACCAGCAAUGCUGUCGAUGAAAUCGCUCAUGGCCGCACACCUAGGGAAAUGUCUCGUCCUAAUACCACCACCAGAAACGGUUUCAUGGAGUCGCAAGGUUGUGGUAUCCAAGUCAUCAUGACUGCCAAACUUGCUCUUGACAUGGGUGUGCCAAUCUACGGUAUCCUUGGAUUAACUACCACUGCUACUGAUAAGAUCGGACGAUCUGUUCCUGCUCCGGGACAAGGUGUCCUCACAACGGCUCGUGAGAACCCAGGCAAGUUCCCAUCACCACUUUUGGAUAUCAAGUACCGUCGCAGACAAGUUGAGCUCCGCAAGAAGAACAUUAGGGCAUGGCAAGAGUCAGAACUUGAGUACCUUCAUGAGGAGAUUUCGGCUAUGAAAGCUCAAGGAACAGACUUCAACGAAAGCGAAUAUGCUCAAGACCGUGCACAGCACAUCGAGCGCGAGGCCCUACGCCAAGAACGCGAGGUCCUGAACAGUCUUGGUAACAGUUUCUGGAAGAAAGAUCCUACCAUCGCACCGCUUCGUGGUGCUCUUGCUACUUGGGGCCUUACCAUCGAUGACCUCGAUGUUGCAUCUUUCCACGGUACCUCAACCGUUGCAAACGAUAAGAACGAGUCUUCAGUCAUUUGCCAACAAAUGGAGCAUCUUGGUCGUAAAAAGGGUAACGCAAUUAUGGGUAUCUUCCAGAAGUACUUGACAGGUCAUCCAAAAGGUGCUGCCGGCGCUUGGAUGUUCAACGGUUGUUUGCAGGUCCUCAACAGUGGUUUGGUCCCUGGUAACAGAAAUGCCGACAACAUUGACCAAGUUAUGGAGAAGUUUGACUACAUUGUUUACCCCAGCCGCAGCAUUCAAACAGAUGGUAUUAAGGCUUUCUCCGUUACCUCCUUUGGUUUCGGUCAGAAGGGUGCCCAAGCUAUUGGUAUCCAUCCAAAGUAUUUGUACGCCACUCUUGAUGAGCAAACAUACUCAGCCUACUGCACCAAGGUUGAGGCCAGACAGAAGAAAGCUUACCGCUACUUUCACAACGGAAUGAUUACAAAUACCUUGUUCGUAGCCAAGGACAAAUCUCCUUACACCGACGAUCAACAAGGAGCUGUCUUCCUUAACCCAAAUGCUCGUGUAUCAGUUGACAGGAAGACGUCUGCUCUCACAUACGCCCCAAACUUCGCCAAGAAGGUCAUCAACAAGGAAAAGACAGAGAGCACAAAGCAGCUGGUUGAAUCACUUGCAAAGGGCGCUGCAACAGCUGGUAACAAAGUCGGUGUUGAUGUAGAAGAUAUCGCUGCUAUCAACAUUGAGAACGAGACAUUCCUGGAGAGAAACUUCACCGAGAAAGAGGUCGCUUACUGCAAGCAAGCACCCCACCCACAGGCAUCUUUCGCUGGGAAGUGGAGUGCAAAAGAGGCAGUCUUCAAGUCUCUUGGUGUUGCAAGCAAGGGAGCCGGAGCACCUUUGAAGGAGAUUGAGAUUACUAACAACGAAAAGGGUGCACCAAUAGUCUCGGUAAGUUUAGACACCUUCAUUUUUAAACGACAUUCACUAACGAACAUAUAGCUUCACGGCGAUGCCGCAACAGCAGCAAAGGAAGCCGGUGUAAAGGAGAUCAGCAUUUCUAUCUCGCACUCCGAUAGCCAAGCCAUCGCAAUUGCCGUUGCAACCUUUUAAGCUUUAGAUUUUUCGUCUCUUCUUGUACAAUGGAGUUAGGGUUUUUCUUUACAUAUUUAACUCGUACGGGCUUUGCAGGCGCACAUCUAGUUCUGGUUGGAGCAAUGUGCCUGAAGGGAGUAAAGCGAUUUGAACGUCUUUCUAAUGCGAUGAGAUGAGAUAAACAUGAGAUAAACAUGGGAGCAAUCAGAAAUUGAAUCCACGUCAACGAUUUGAUGUAAAUAGAUAGUUAGAGAGAGAGACAGAAAGUGGAAAAAUUACAUUGAUAGAUUUAAGAUUAUUUGGUAU